AUGAGCUCACCCUGUUGUGAUGGAUGUUUUCGUGUUGAUAAAAGCACAAAUGCUGUCAGAUUUUGUAUGGACUGUGAGGAAUCGCUCUGUCAUGAAUGUGUUGCUGCUCAUAAAACUAUAAAAAUUUUGACAACACAUCAGUUGGUUGAUUUGAAGGAUUCAUCUGCAGGGAAACGGAAAGAUUUGGCAGCCAAGAGAUACUGUAAGACACACAAAGACUAUACCCUUGAGUACUUCUGCACGUACCAUGAUACAUUGUGUUGCCAUGCAUGUAUUCCAGUCGAUCAUCGUGCUUGUGACAAGAUUCUUCCUCUAAAUGAAGCAUCAAAGGAUGUGAAAUCAUCAGCACUUUUUUCAGAUAUAUCUGAUGGUUUAAAGCUAGUUAGUACAACCGCCAGUGAAACAAUGCAAAACAGAGAAGAAAAUAUACAGAGGGUUAACGAACAAGCUACUUUAAUAACAGGAUCGAUUUCCGCAUCUAAGGAAACCAUCAUUAAUAAAUUAGACGAAAUGGAAAAAUGUGCUAUGAAAGGACUAUCUGAUCUUAAAAUUGAAACAAUAUCAACGCUGUCAAACGAGAAAGAUAGUGCUAAAGAUAUCAAGUCGACAGUUGAGGAAUAUAGCGAACAACUGCAAUUUAUGAUAGAGAAUGGUUCGGAAAAUCAGACUUUUGUUUUCCUUCAAGAGUUGAGGGUUCUGCUUUUAAAUCAGGAUCAAACUUUAAAAGAUGACAUAUCAAAACUGGGUGAAUUAGAUUUAAAGUUUACAGAAAGAAAUGUCAUUGGAGAAAAAGAACUUGGUUCAAUCAAAGUGUCGUCUGAACCAUGUGAUGUUCAGCAUAAGCACACAAAACAAUUUGGAGCACAAAUAAUGAUGCCGAUUCGAAAGACUCCGAAAAAAAUAACUUAUAAUUCGAAAUUGAAAAUAGAACCUGAAAUGGAUUAUGCAGAAAUAAGCGGUAUUGCGUUUGAUGACAGAGAGUUACAUGUAUGCUUAGGCAAUACCCUAUGUACAUAUAGCGCUGAUAAAAAAUGUACGAGCAAAGUGGUUUUAAAGAAAAAACCAUGGGAUAUUGCAGUUCACUCAAAAUCUGGUAAAAUAGUCGCAACACUUCGCAAUGGGUCAUUACAAAUAAUAGAAAACAGGAAAUCAAAAACAAAAUUUGAUACACAAUUUAAUGAAAGUUAUGGCGUUGCUUGGAAUAAUAAUGAUUUAGUAGUAGGUGGAGCCUCUAAGAUAUAUUUCCUUAAUUCAAACAUGGACCACAUUAAAACUUUGAAAAUAGGUGAUGGCUUAAUAUACUAUAUUCAUUCAAGAGAUGACCACAUUUAUCUUUCAGAUUAUACAUUUGAUAAGGUGUAUUGUAUUGAUAAGGAAGGUAAUAUAAUCUUCACGUUUAGUUCACCGACAUUAAAAAGCCCUGAUGGAAUUACAACGGAUGGGAACGGAAAUGUAUACGUGGUAGGGCGCAAGUCAAAUAAUGUACAUCGCUUGACUCCAAACGGAACUGAAAGUGAAGUAAUUUUAACAGCUGAAGAUGGUAUUAAGGAUCCUAUAGCUAUCUGUUUUAGUCAUGAUUACAAGAGUCUGUAUUUAUCAAACGAGUCUGGAAAGUCAGUUUGGAUCUUUGACUGUGACUAA